GACUUCUUCGUCCCGACGCGCAAACCCGACGAAAAAGGAAAAUUACUACGAAGCCUCAAGGAGAAGCCCAGCUUCUUCACUUCCUCGACCGCCCAAAGCUCCAGGCUUUGAACUCCUCCCCUUCCCCUACGAAUCUCUGGGUUCUAGGCGCGCUGGAUCGAUUGUUUACAAGAUUCCAUGAAAAGUGCGCGGUUUUGGAACGGCGUCCGUGACCGAAGUGGACCCUCGUGGUGUCGUGGGAGAGGUCUUGGUGGCGGUGUGGGUUUCUGAAUUUCUCCCCUUUCUGUUUUUUUUUUCUUUUCAGUUUCGUUCCUGGUUCGGAACUGAGAGAGAAUUUCGAAGGUAUGGCAAGGUUUUGCUGUUUUGGCGCCGGUCGCUCCGAGUUGACGGGGCAUGCGUCAACGGCAUCUGGUAAAGGGAAAAGCUGUCAGGGUCAAGUCAAGGUCUGCUAUGGCUAUAACCUUGUAAGAGGGAUGACGAAUCAUCCAAUGGAGGACUAUCAUGUCGCUGAUCUUGUUGAAGUGAAAGGAAAUGAGCUUGGUCUUUUUGCUAUUUAUGAUGGUCAUCUAGGAGAUACCGUUCCUGCGUACUUACAGAAGAAUUUGUUUUCAAAUAUUUUGAAUGAAGAAGAGUUUUGGACACAUACAGAUAGAGCGAUCACAACAGCUUAUGAAAAAACAGACCAAGCUAUUCUGUCACAUACUCCAGAUUUGGGACAAGGUGGUUCCACUGCUGUAACUGCCAUUCUUGUAAACGGCAGGAAGUUGUGGGUAGCUAAUGUUGGGGAUUCAAGAGCUGUUCUUUUGAAAGGUGGUGAAGCCAUACAGAUGUCAAUAGACCAUGAUCCAAAUGUUGAGCGUAGUGUAAUUAUAAAUAGGGGUGGCUUUGUUUCAAACAUGCCAGGAGAUGUUCCCCGAGUAUGUGGUCAGUUGGCUGUCUCCAGAGCUUUUGGAGACAAGAAUCUAAAAUCACUUUUGAGAUCAGAGCCCGACAUAAAAGUCGAAGACAUAGAUCACACUGCCGAGCUACUCGUUCUUGCGAGUGAUGGCCUUUGGAAGGUGAUGAACAAUCAGGAAGUCGUUGAUUUGGCCAAAAGGUUUAAGGAUCCACACGCAGCGGCCAAGCAAUUAACUGCUGAAGCGCUAAAGAGAGAGAGUAAAGAUGACAUAUCAUGCAUUGUUGUUCGGUUCAAGGUUUAAAUUUCUUACUGGCGACUCACGGAGGAUUGUCACGGACAACACAACGAGUUAAACAGCAAACCUUAGGCUACCUGAUGACAACAGUGGUAAUCUAAAGAAUAAUUACUGGAAUGUUGGUUGUAAAUGAUUUGUCGGCUCCAUUGUAAGUUUAUAUAUAAAUAUGCUAGGAUUAUUUGUUUGGCGAUUCGAAGGUACAAGUGUGAGGGCCCAAGAGUUAUCAUCUGUAAAUAAUGGUUGCAGAUAUUGGAAGUUAACCGUGCUACAUUGUGAAUUUGUGAGAGUAGACUAAAUAGUCAUUUGGACGGGUACCUGAAACAA